GUUGCUCAACGCGCUCAUUUCCUUGUCUUUCUUUGAUUUCGCACAUCAAGAACAGUCCAAUGUUCAUAGGACAGGAAACGCCUCUAGUUGACAAGUUUAUUUUUUGUGAAACAUUUGGUGACAUGCAGUCCAAAAAAGACUUAUAUAAAAAUAAGUUAGAUGGUUUUUAUUGUUCUACUGAAACAUGUGUUACUGAACUAAACACAAAGAACAAAAUAUUUUCGUUUCCUAUAUUUUCUCUAUCUAAUAUCAAGCCGUGUAAUUGUGUUAAGUCUCACUGUCUUAAACUAUACUGUGAAUGCUUUGCUCGAGGAAGCUACUGUGAUAACUGUAACUGUACAAACUGUAUGAACAACCACUCACACGAAGAAGACCGUAAAAAAUCCAUCAAACGUACUUUAGAGAGAAAUCCAUCGGCAUUUCACCCAAAGACCGGUACGAUUGCUUCAUUAGAUGACUUACAUUAGCUGAUGAAGAACGUAGCCAUUCUAAAGGAUGUACGUGCAAGAAGUCUCGAUGUUUGAAAAAUUAUUGCGAGUGUUAUGAGGCGAAAGUCAGAUGCUCGAAUAUGUGUCGAUGUCAAGGUUGUCGAAACGUUGAAGAUCUAAUUCAACGACACUCACAAUUAGAGCCUGUUCAUUCCAUCAAAGAAAAGCCUCAUUUGAGCAGCAGACCAACUUACACUGGCAUUCAAGAUUCGGUGUACCACAAAAAUAAUCAGAUGGAGCUACCACAGAUUAACCAUGUUUCGGACCGGGCAUCGCAUCCAUCUGUGUUGAACCUGCCAUAUGUUCAUUUCUACAAAAAUUCAAUCUUAUCUUCAAAGUUUUUUACACUUGAAGUUGUUGAAGCUGCAUGUAGCUGCAUCUUAGUUCAACUCAAAGAAGCCAAAUAUAAAAAUUUCCCUCUGUUUGUUCAGGAGAAGAUCGUCAUUGAAGAGUUUGGAAGAUGCUUGAUACAAAUACUUGAAUCGCUUACGGGGCUACAAAUUGCAAACAAUUUAUCCAAUAAUCCACUUUCGGAAAUCUAUAAACAUGAGUACAAUCCAGAUUUAAUCACUUUAUUGUCUUGUACACAAUCCGAGGGUUUUCAAACGGUGGAUACAAAUCAUUCUGAAUUUCAUCUAAGUUUAAAUUGCGAUUCUCAUUUGCACCAAUCGACUCAUUAUUUUUACAAUGAAUACGGAUCUGAAGCUGUUGAAUGUGAUCAGAAAUAUUCUCUGUGCGAUGAAGACCAUGGAUGCGGUAACGUAAAACACAGAAAAUUCUUUCCCACAAUAACUAAGGGACUUCAUUUUGAAAGUGCUACAGAUUUGCGGUUUUCUUACAGCCAACCUAACUAUAGGUCUGAAAACUGUCCGCUGAGUUUUUCAAAGGACUAUGAUUUGACGGACACUUCAAAAAAUCAGUCAGAAUCAUUUCAGCUCAAUAUACAAGAUAUUCAUCAAGGCUGCAGUAAAGAUGGAAAUUCGACUGUCUUUCUGUCAGAAUCUUGUGCUUUUUCAACAAACCCUUAUUUUCCUAGAGAUAUAGAUUAUCGUUUAGUGAUUAAUGACAAACCUCACAUUCAGUCGUUUACGAUGGAACCUAUAAUACACCCAAGCAUUCAAUAUAGUGACACCAUUGAAGAAUUUGAGUUAAUAAGUCCAUCGGGAACAGUUUCGUCGAAUUGUCCUAGUAGACGUGAGCACUUGACAACAACGUAUGAGGAGGAGGAGGAUGAAACUUUUGCAGCUACAACUGCUUUACUCAACUCAUCUGUACAUUGUCCUCAAAAUCCAUCCAUUUUGUCAUCUGAAUUUAACUUCAGUGAGGCAGCUGAAACAAAAGAAAAUACUUUUUUACAUUCAGUUAAUGUACCUUCAGAUACUGUUAAGAAUGACAACUCUAUCAAAAGAACUGCCUUGGAAAACUGGCAUUCACCGUCAAGUGUUGAUUCGGGUGAAUUUCAAGAAGCUACAUACGGCUUAAACUUUAGUCCGAAGUUUGACGUUUAUAAUUUAUAAGUUAUAUUUCUUAGUUUGAAUUUCCCUGAAUGAAAUUUACUGAUUUACCUAUUUAUGAAAUGCUUCACGGUCCCGGUUAAUUUGAAUUUUAACUAAAUUUUCAUUUCCUCGAGACGAUUUAAUUUACUUACCUCUUUGAACUAAUAUGCAUUAUUUUAUUUUACUAUUUAACUAUUGUUUCUUUAUUUGUUUAUGAAGAUAUAUUUGAAUUCUCGUAUGUUUUAGAUGAAUUUAAGAAUCGUUAGACAUAGUUUAUGACGUUAUUAGUUUGAAUUAUUUCUUAAAAAUGUUUAAAAAUUACAUAACGUAUUUCAAACAUUUUGUUUUAUC